GAUCUCAGCCGCUGUUCUGGAGAAGAUUUAGUCGAGCAGAGAGUGGAGAGAUUCCCAAGACUCUCACUCAGAUGUACACACACUUCCUGAUCCUUCAGACCAACAUCAAACAUCAGAAGGAUUAUGAGAAGAAGGUGACAGAUGAAGACAUGAUCCUCAAGCUGGGGAAACUGGCUUUCCAGCAGCUUGUGAAAGGAAACCUGAUCUUCUAUGAGGAAGACCUGAGAGAGUGUGGCAUUGAUGUGACAGAAGCAUCAGUGUACUCAGGAUUGUGCACUCAGAUCUUCAGAGAGGAGUUGGGCUUGUAUCAGGGGAAAGUCUUCUGCUUUGUUCAUCUGAGCCUUCAGGAACAUCUAGCAGCUCUAUAUGUGCACCUCUCCUGUACAAUCAACAACAUCAAUGUGUUUGAUCAAACCAAACAGAGUCUGUUUUAUAAAAUGUUGUACUGGUUCCAAAAUGAUUUAUCAAAACAACUUUCAUUAUCUGAGCUGCAUCAGAAAGCUAUGGAUGAAGCUUUACAGAGUAAGAAUGGACAUCUGGAUCUUCUCCUGCGUUUUCUUCUGGGUCUCUCAGUUGAGUCCAAUCAGACUCUCUUACGAACACUAUUGACACAGACAGGAAGCUGCUCCUACAACAAAGAGGAAACAGUUCAGAACAUCAAACAGAAGAUCAGAGAGAAUAACUCUCCACAUAAAUCCAUCAAUCUGUUUCACUGUCUGAAUGAACUGGGUGAUGAUUCACUGAUGCAGGAGAUCCAAGAUUGUCUGAAAUCUGGUAAAGUAAGAGAAAUCUACCUCUCGUCUUCACAGUGGUCAGCUCUGGUUUAUGUGUUGCUGACAUCAGAGCAGAAGAUGGAUGUGUUUGAUCUGAAACAGUUUAUUGGAGCACAACACACAGCAGAUGAAGUUCUUCAGAAUCUGUUACCUGUGGUUAAAGAAUCCAGAUCAGUUCGGCUAUGUGAAUGUAAUCUCACUGCUCAGUCUUGUGGAAGUUUGUCUUCAGUGCUACAAUCCUCAAACUCUGUCCUGAGAGAGCUGGACCUGAGUAACAAUGACCUGCAGGAUUCAGGAGUGAAGCUGCUUUCUGAUGGACUGAAGAGCCCAAACUGUCAGCUGGAGAUACUGAAAUUGUCUGGCUGUAUGGUGACAGAGAAAGGCUGUCAUUAUGUGUCUUCAGCUUUGAGUUCAAACCCCUCACACCUGAGAGAACUGGAUCUGAGCUUCAAUCACCCAAGAGAUUCAGGAGUGUCAAACUUCUCUCUGAAAAACUGGAGGACCUGCAAGCUGCUUAUUGGACAAACUGACUAA